CAUUGACAGUAUACGAUAUACAAUAUUAGUCAGUAUCUAUUUCACAAUAUAAACAACUUGUUGUGAAAUUCAGUUGACUCCCAACGAAAAAGAACGUUGGAUUGUUCGUCGACAUUUAAUUGACAAAGAAUACAAAAGUUUUAUUGAAGCAAUUUAUUACUGUCGUGAAAUUCCCAGACAAAAAAUAUGUCAUCCAUAGAUGCAUCGCUGAAAAGAAAACGGGAAAUAAUGGAAAAAACACCGGUGGCUCAAUUGCAAGAAUUGUGCACCAUGGAAAAUGAAGUGGUAACUUACGAAUGUCUUCCAGCCGAAACCGAUCGAAAAAUGUUCUCUUGCCUUGUCAGCGCAUUUGAUGUGGUUGCCAGAGGUUCAGGUCAAUCAAAACAAGAAGCAAAACACGAUGCAAGCGCAAAUCUUAUUGCUCAACUAAUAGGUAAGGAUCGAUUCAGACAGACUCUUCAAAAGGUGCCGGAAACACCACGUCCAGUAUUCGAUUAUGAUGCAAUAUCAAUUUUGCUUGAUACUUGUGUGCAGCGUAAUUGGCCGGUUGCCACAUUUGACGUAAAAAAAACGGGUGAAUCUCAUUCUCCGAUAUUCACUUGUGUUUGUCGAGUGUCAAAAAUUCAACGCAUCGGUAUAUAUUCGACAAAAAGCGGUGCAAGACAAAUCGCUGCUCGUGAAAUGCUCGAAGUCAUUCAAAAUCUGGAUCUGAACAAAGAACAGAAUCAAAUUGAGACCGUCGUUUCAGAACCACCCGAAAAGAUAUUCCGUGACUAUCACGAGGCGAAAAAAGUACCGGUACAAUCACGGGCCAUACGAAUUAGCGAUCGACACAAUUUCUUUCUUCGGUUGCCUGAAGAGGAUCGCAAUGAAGCCAAAGAAAUUUUGAUGGACGAUUCAACGGUUAUCCAUGGCACCACCAAAGAUCGGGUUGACUUGGCAUGUGCUGCACUCAAACUCAAAUACGCCAUCUCAAGCAUUCCGAAUCAUCAACAACAGUUCAAGUCUUUUCAUUUGCUUAACGAUCAUGACUGUGUGAUUGCAGCCAAAGAAGAAGACUUGUACAAUAAAGUCAUUGAUCACUUCAAAACGAUGCUGAACCUUCACGAGUUUUAAUUUUGAAAAAAAAAAAAAAAAAAAAAAAAAUUUUGUCUUAGACAAAUGUGAUUGAAAUAACUUCUGUAUAUUUGGAUAUCACCUUCAAAAUGCGUUAAGAGUUAUUGAAAUUUUGAAUAUUAAGAAUUUCCUAUAUAUUUUUGCCGUAUGCAAUUUUGUUUCUCAAACAAAUUUCCUGUCAUAUUAAAACACCAAACUGCUAAUGUGGUCCACAUGAUGUGAAAUAAAGGCUACUAGAUCAAAAAUUGAA